AUGCCCGUGGCCAUGGUGGUUGUGGAUGUGCCCACGGCAGUGUGCGAUAAAACUGUCGCCCAGACGCAAAGUGGCCCGUGGGCACGGGGAGCGGAUGAAUUGUACUCCAGCCUGCACAUUGAGGGGUCGCCGUGGCUGAUGGAAGAGAAAAACAAUGGUGAGAUCGAGCAUCUGCCCGUGGCGCGAGGUCAUGUCGUGGACGGUGUCAACGCCGGGAAGAAAAACUCGUUCCCAUCCUCUUCAUCACACAGCAAUCGAACGGUGCCUCCGAAAACUUGCGCCUUCAACGUCGUUAAACCGCCAAAUUUGAAAGAUGACUCAUGCGUCGUUCUGCCCGUGUUGGGCCGCAACGAGCUGCUGGAUCUUUCUUCUCGACAGCUCACCGUACUGCCGUGUCUGCACAAUACGGCCGCCAAAACGAGGCACGGCAGUGGAGCCAGAGUGGCGAGUCAAGUGCGCACGCUGCAACUUUCUCGCAAUAGCAUAACGUCCCUUGUUGCGGUACCGGAACCGUCGCUAUCCGCUCAGCCUACCGCACUUGCGGAAUUUACAAGGGUCGUGCUGUUGGAUGUGAGUCGCAACGAGAUCACUAGUCUUGCCGGCGUUGAGAACAUGACAUCCCUCCGCGUUCUGCAAGCCUCGCAUAACAAAAUUGAGGAUCUUGGCCCACUCUUUACUCCCAAUUCCAUUCUGCAAAAGUCUGCUGCAUUACGAGUACUUGACGUGAGCUUUAACCAGAUACGUACGCUUCUUCCUCCCUCUGUGAAUGUUUUAGAGAAACCCAUGCGGUCUCUGCACACACUUACCCUUUCCUACAACCAUCUAAGCGAGCUGAAUGACUUGGAUAUGCUUUUUCCCGACGUCGUGGAGCUCCGCGUCGCACGGAAUCGGAUGACGGAGCUGCCGCAAGUACUUCCAAAACGAAUCUAUCGCAUCGAGCUGCAACAGAACUACCUCGACGAGGUCGCUCAAAAUAACGUGCGUGAAAUUCAGCGAAGAAUGCGGUGUCUUCGAGAUGUUGAAAUGAGUGAGCAGCGAACAAGACAGGAGGAUACAUCUGAGACUGAAAAUGCCACCAGUUUCGAGGGAGUUCAUGGCACAGAGAACGAAGAGGAUAGAAUGGACGAUGCUGUUCUUCAUCGCCAUGCUUUUGCUGUUGACGACGUAGAAAGUGAUGCUGAGAACCGUGGCAUGCUGGAUGUUGUUGUCCCUCACAGCAUAUUCGGGGGUCAGGGCAAAGAUGCAGGGCAGCUCAAGCUUCGGGAAAUGAUAAUUUCUCCACCCCAUAUUGAGUGCGCCUCUCUGCAAAAGAGAUCGGUAAUCCCCACGGCAUGGGCCCGGCAAAAAAAUCCCCGGUGGCUGGAAAAAGACCCUCUACACGUGACUAUGAUGCUCACAAGGGUCAUAGCAUCUGCUUCUCUGCAUUCUUCUAGUAAAAUCUCAUACUUGUGGGUUCAGCCACGGAUCAUUGAAGCAGGGUCCACUGGAGCGCUUGUUCUCAUCCAUGAAUUCUCCCAUGCGGAGUUAGUGGCUCCGUCCAUCCGUCUCUCCGUCGGCGAUAUCAACCGAGUCUGUGUAGCACUUAGUCAUGAAACCCUUGCGGCGCCAUGUGCGUUGGCAGGGAACCUGCUCUUCUCACUCUUGACGCAGUCGACGGGAGAAACGCACGGAGUGGCGGAUAAAAUAAGGGUAUUCAAAGAAGACGAGGAAGAGAAGGAGAAAACUACGCCAUUGCAGCGGCAGCAGCGAAUGAAAGAUUUUUCACUUCAAAAGUUGACUGUUUUUUACAAAUCCAUUCAGUCAUCCAUGCCGAAGCGGAAUCCUUUCACGCAUGGCACGUCUGGUCGGGAGUGGCUUAUGAGCGAGUUGAGGGCGCCACUCAACUGGAAUGAAACGAGACGGCGUCCCUGUCCCUUUACCUCAUGCUUGCCACUACGGCUCACAAAGCAGGAGCGAAUUGAUAGGCGCCGUAAGAUCCCCGAUACCUAG